GUGACACUGCUCUUAUUCUUCCGCCCCCCUGCUUCUCCCACCAACGGAAGUAUCCACCGUGCAUCCCUCCUGAAACAGCUCGACCUACUCGGCUACGCGCUCUUCAUCCCCUCCAUCAUCCUGGCGAUGCUGGCGUUGCAGUGGGGCGGCGGCGAAUAUGCCUGGGGCUCGGCGACGGUGAUCGGACUCUUCGUCGGCUGCGCAGUCACGAUGACGAUGUUUAUCGUGUGGGAGUGCUACAUGGGCAAUAAGGCGAUGAUCCCUAUCGCGCUGCUGCGGGACAGGGCGAUCAUGCUCAGUCUGGCCUUUGCGUUUGUGUUUAUGGGGUCCUUCGUCAUCCCGGUCUACUAUCUGCCGGAAUGGUUCCAGAUCGUCCAGGCCGCGAGCCCCAUGCGCAGCGGCGUCAUGCUUCUGCCGUCGGUGUGCACGCAGGUGUUCGGAUCUCUUGUUUCUGGACUCCUCGCCAAGCACCUUAGCUACCACAACGCGUGGCUCUUCCUCGGCGCCGCCUUCCUCUGCAUCGCCAACGGGCUCUACACCACAUUCACGGUAUCUUCAGGGUCUGCCUCCUGGAUCGGGUACCAGAUCCUCCAGGGCCUGGGCUGCGGCGUUGCCGCCCAGAUGCCGUUGCUGAUAGUGCAGCUGGUCCUGAAGCCUCGACCGCGCGACGUUCCCGUCGCGAUCGCCACGGUGCUCUUCACGCAGUAUUUUGGGAGUGCGGUGGUGCAGAGCAUUGGGGGUGCCGUUUUUCAGAAUGCACUCAGAAAACAGCUGCGGGAUCGCGCUUCGUUGGAUGAUACGCAGAUUGCGAUGCUGCUGGGUGCUGGCACCCUCGGGGUGCGCGAGGUGGCUACGUGGGCGUUUGCGGACCGGUGGGCUGAGGUUAUCGUGGCGUAUAAUGAGGCGAUUACUACUGUGUUUUAUCUUCCCAUGGCUGGUAGCGCUCUGGCGUUUAUCCUAGCCGGCGGAAUUCCGUGGGCCAAUACUCGCAGGACGAAGGGAGAUGAUGAUUUGCUUGGUGCGAAGCGAGCUGACAUGCUUCAGUCGGAUAAGCAGGUCGCUGUGUGA